AUGCCCCCUCUAAAACCAUAUGCAUCCGCGUCGCCUCAAGCGCAGUCCUUAAAUGCUCCCCGACAUAUGCCGUUAGAGACGGCAGCGGAGCGAGAGUAUUAUGGUGGCCGGCCGCGAUCUUUUCCUGCCGGACACCAGCCUCCAGCGACAAAUUCGCCCCAGAAUACGCAUCACUAUCCACCUCCGAACCAGCCGCCUCAAAUGCAGUACCAGCAACCACAACCAUCGUACCAAUAUGGUGCGCAAGUUCAGCCGCCUAACGUAGCAUCUCCCCCACCUCAAUACGGAGGCCAUCCUGCUCCUAGAGGCCACGAGUCACAGUCCAUCGAGAUAUGGGUCGAGAUAUGGGUUGGCCCGGAACACAUCAAGGACACCCGCUGCAACAGCAACAGCUACAACAGCAACAACAGCCACCACCGCAGCCGCAGCCAACUUGGGUAUCACACCCUCCCCAACCACCAAAGUCCACGCAACCUCCGCCAACCCAGUCGGCAUGGGCUGCACAACAUGCCCCUACGCCAAAACCCCCCUCCGCCUAGCAGUUCCGUUCCGCCGCAACCUUCUUGGGCUUCUGCUCCGCCACCGCCGAGAGGUCAUGAUCCCAUGGCACUACGUGAUGUUCGCGACGUCUACCCGCCGCAUAGGAUGCAGCCUCUACAGCAAUACGCACCUGCUUCACGUGCCCCUGAACCACCUCCCCCACAAGCACCGGCGGCAUACCCUCGCUAUGCAAAUACACCGGUGCCCGGGCGAGAUCCUCGCGAUCCUGGUCCCCCGAGGAGUUAUACACCUGUAAACGCCUACGACAGUAGAGGUUACCCACCGCCUUCCGCUCAAGACAUCCGCGAAGCGCAUUUGCGCGAGCAGCAACAACAAGUCAAUGCUGCAGCAGUCAUUAAGGCCUCAGGAUAG